UCUUGCUGGGGUUUCCAGUUUCCAAACCUCAUGUGAUCUCACAGCUGGAACGAGGGGAAGAGCCGUGGGUCCCAGACUUCCAGGGCUCUGAGAAAAAAGUGCUCCCAAGAGCUGCCUGCACAGGAAGUGACCUCUGUCUGGAUCCUCUCUCUCUCCCAUCGGGUGAUGGGAGGGUGAGUGAGAACGAGGAGAAACCCCAUCAGGAAGAUGCUGAGCAAACAGAAGCACGUGGAAUGUUACCAGGAAGAUCAAAAGGGAAUGAUUCUGGGAGUUGUGCACAUCCAGAAAAAGUCUCUGAGAGUCAGCACAGGCCAGUGGAAAACUUCAGUAGCCACUCAGACCUUAUUAAAUGUGAGAGAAUUAUCUUGGAAGAGACACGCUACACAUGCCAUGAGUGUGGGAAAGGCUUCAAUGUGAGCGCUGACCUUCUCACACAUCAGCGAAUCCACAGGGGAGAGAGACUGUACAGGUGCGCGGAGUGUGGGAAAAGCUUCAGUUAUAGCUCACAUCUUCUUAUACACCAGAGAAUCCACACCGGAGAGACACCCUACACGUGCUCUGAGUGCGGGAAAAGCUUUACUCAGAGUUCAAACCUUAUCACACAUUACAGAAUCCACACGGGCAUGUCACCCUACAGAUGUCCUGAGUGUGGGAAAAGCUUCAGUCACAGAUCAGCCCUUAUUAGACACCAGGGAAUCCACACUGGAGAGACACCCUACACGUGCUCUGAGUGCGGGAAAACCUUCAGGCUUAGCUCAGCCCUUACCAUACACUGGAAAAUCCACAGUGGAGAGACACCGUACACGUGCAAUAACUGCGGGAAAAGCUUCAGCCAUAGCUCAGCCCUUAUUAGACACCGGAGAAUCCACACGGGUGAAAUGCCCUACAUGUGCUCUGAGUGUCGGAAACCCUUCAGGCAUAGCUCAGCCCUUACCAUACAUUGGAGGAUCCACAGUGGAGAGAGACCCUACACAUGCAAUAACUGUGGGAAAAGUUUCAGGCAUCGCUCAGCCCUUAUUAGGCAUCAGAAAAUCCACAUGGGCGAGAACUGUAACAAACGCCUUGACUAGGGCUGGCCAAAGUUGUUUUUUGUUUUUUUUUAAAUCACAGAGGCUAGGGACACCAUUCCUUACCCAUCCUGGC